AUGAGCUCCCUUUACCACCUGAUGCUCCCCAGCUCGCAUCCCGUCGAGCGGUUCUGGCAUGGAAUGGAUCUGCUUGGUAUUGUCGUUGUGACGGUGGGCACAUCCUCCUCCGACAUCUACUACGUUUUCUUCUGUGAAGCGAGCUUGCAGAAAUUGCACUGGGCUAUUAUCCUAACCACGGGCACUGCCAUGCUGUCCCUCCAGGCUAUUCUACCGAACCAGAAAUUGGCCCUCUGUCAUCCUCUUCUGCAUCGACAAGCAACAACGCUGUUGCCAGUCCCCAUGGCAGAAUGGCAGACAAACAGAAGAAUGUGGGCACUGGUAUUAUUCACGAAGACCCUAUUGCGAAACGGAUUCAGGGUGGCAUCGAGUAUAAUUCCAUGA